UUAACUUCUGUAUAUCUACCAAAAUGAAACAUUUUCUCUUUGGUCUCACCAUCCGCUUGGUCCUCAUAUUGUAUGGGGAAUUCCAUGAUAAAACCUUUGUUGUUCCAUUUACUGAUGUAGAUUACAAAGUUUUUACUGAUGCGGCUAGAAACGUUCUUAUGGGAGCGUCUCCUUACAGUCGCCACACAUAUCGGUACUCUCCCCUAGUUGCAUAUGUAUUAACACCUAAUAUAUUUGUACAUCAAGCAUUUGGUAAAAUUUUAUUUUCUGUGUUAGAUCUUCUUAUGGCCCACCUUAUACAUAGGCUGAUGCUUAAACGAAAUGUUAGUUCACAAAAAGCACACCUUAGUGCACUAUUCUGGUUGUACAACCCUAUUUCUGUUGUGAUCUCUACUCGGGGAAAUGCUGAUACUUUGUCAUCUCUGUUAGUAACGGCCACCCUUCUCUGUCUAUAUGCAGGCAAACCUGCCUGGGCUGGAAUAGUCCAUGGUCUGUGUAUUCACAUGCGUUUGUACCCCGUAGUAUUCAGCCUGCCUCUCUACCUUUCUUUGUCAAGUGGAAGUAGAUUUUCAUUAGUUACUGCGAGUGACCGCGGGAAAAGUAACAUCUGUGAUAAAAGUGGCUCUAGUUCUGAAGGACCUUUAACAAAAGAUGGUCCUAGUGCAAGCAAUGAAAGUUCUGGCUUGUUUGUCGAAUUUAAGAGGAUUUUCAUUCCUAAUAAGUCCCAAAUCAAAUUGGUGCUGGGAUGUUCAUCUGCUUUGCUUUUAUUAACUGCUGCCUUUUACUGGUUGUAUGGCUACCACUUUUUGUUUGAAAGCAUGAUCUUCCACCUUGUAAGGAAAGACAUACGUCACAACUUUUCAGUUUAUUUCUAUCUGCAGUACUUGAGCGCUGGGGCUGUAGUUAGCAUUUGGCAAAGAAUUCUCAUGUUUGUCCCGCAACUCUUUCUCCUCCUUGCAUUGAGUGUUCGAUAUGGACGUAUGGUUGAUUUGCCAUUUUGCUUAUUGGCUCAAACUAUUGUGAUAGUCAUGUAUAAUCCUGUUAUAACUAGUCAGUAUUUUGUUUGGUUUUUGUCGUUGUUGCCAGCUUGCAUACCAAUGCUUGAUUUGACAUUGAAGCAAGCUGCAUUUCACUCUGUGGUUUGGAUUGUUGCCCAACUGGCAUGGCUCUUACCAGCAUAUUGGCUUGAAUUUAGAGGUGAAGAUACAUUUGUUUAUAUUUGGCUUCAAGGCAUUGCUUUCUUCUGUGCAAACAUGACACUCCUUGCUCGCCUCAUAGAAGCCUACAAGCCAGUCCAAGAAGUUGCAAAAAAGCCCAAAGUAAAGUCAAAAUAGUUUUAAAAUUGCUAAAUAUGAAAUGGGGUUGUAGCAUUUUAACAAAAGUUGUAAUGUCAUUUAGUUUGUAACAUUUAGAUUUUUGUACUAUUCAAAAAAGCCACCUCAGUGAAUUUUUGAUUAGAAAUCCUAGUUGUAUCUUAGUUUUGAAAUUUGCUGCAGCUUAUGUUGAAGAAUUACGACUGCUUUGAGUGGUGAGUAGGAAGGACAUCUGCACCAGUCUUUCUCUGGUUUGCAAUGGUAAUCCCCAUUUUCUUCAAUUGUCCCCAAUCCAACAUGAACGCUGCAUAUUUGUUCAAUCUCUGUUCCUCAUGAGUUGAUUCUGCCUCACACAACGGUUGUGCCAUAGGUAUAAAUUGGUGUUAAAAUAUGUUAGCUAUGAUACAAUAAAAUAUAUUGAAAUUCAA